CAUUCAGCCAUAAGGGCUCAAACGCAGUCCAGUUGGAGGCCAGAACGGAUCGUCGCCGCCAGAACGGAUACCUCAAAACAGACAUUCAGUUUUCCCCCAAAGUCCAACUCCAAGUCCAGCUGAAAACGUUUUAGACCAGACCGGAGACCGGAGAGACCAUGUCGCUGAUACCGUUUAUACUCGAUUUGGCCGAGGAGUUGCACGAUUUCAAUCGCAGCCUGGCCAUGGAAAUUGAUGAUUCUGCAGGUGUUUUUCCGUUGGAUUCCGUUGGUUCGGUGCCGGCACAGAUGCGUAGAUACGGUGGGGGCGGUGGGAUGAUGUGGGUGCCCAUCAAGGGCCAGCAGGCGCAGCAGCAUCGCCAUCAUCCAUAUAGCCGGGUGGCCGGUGCGAAAACCGUCUGCUGCAAUAAGCCAAUUUUGGAAUUGGAAAAGGAGAUGAGCGAGAAGGGUACUGGAAGUGGAAGUGGUUGUGGUAGUGGCAGUGGAAGUCCAACUGGAAAUGGAAAUGGUAGUGGAAGUGUUAGUGUAACCGCCCAGCCAGUGGUUAGCAAAUCAUCUUACUCCGUGGUGAAUCGGAAUGGAUUCCAGGUGAGCAUGAACGUGAAGCAGUUCACCGCCACCGAGCUGACCGUGAAAACCAUCGACAACUGCAUCGUGGUGGAGGGCCAGCACGACGACAAAGAGGACGGCCACGGAGUGAUCUCGCGCCACUUCAUCCGGAAAUAUGUCCUGCCCAAGGGAUAUGAUCCCGCCGACGUCCAUUCGACUCUCUCGUCCGAUGGCAUUUUAACGGUAAAGGCACCACCGCCAGCACCCACCCCGAAGGGUGCCGCCGAGCAUCAAGUGCGCGUCGUGGACAUCCAGAUGCAGUCCCGAGAGAAAGAUGCAGUAAAGCCGGCUGCCGAGGGAGAGCAGACACCAGCCAGCAGUGCUACCGCUCUCACUUCCAGCAAUGGAACAGAGACAGAGUCGGAAGCAGUGGCGGUGGCGGUGGCGGCGGCCUCUCCAGCCCCCGCUCCCGCUCCCGCUCCAGCAUGCGCUCCGACACCCACUUCCUCUCCCGUUGAGGCUGCAGCCGUGGAAGCCACCACUACUACUUCCAGCACUUCCACUUCUUCUUCCAACAAUGGCGUGCCAGAGCCCAUGGAAGAGGAAGCCAAAGCCGAGACGGCCAAAGAGGAGAAGGCCCCACUCGCCAACUCGUCCAACUCGGUGGUGAGCAGCAGCGAGGGCGGGGAGGAGCCAAAGGCAGCCUCCUCCGACGAUAACCUUACCUCCAAUAACGGUAACGGAGCCACCGAGCCGGAAGCAACGCCACCCGCUGCCGCUGGCGAAGAUGAUGCGGAGAUGAAGGAGGACGGCGCCACCGAGACUGAGGCCGACAGCAAAGUGGAGGCAGAGGCGGUGGCGGAGGCGGAGGCGGAUAGCAAGGGGGAGUCCACUGUAGUGGAAAAGACACCCAAAGCCGGCGGUGGCGAGGAGCUGGCCGCCGUGGAUGCGGCCAUCCUUUUGGCCAAGAACAACCAGGCCGAGAACGGGGCCGCUGCUGCCAAGGUCGUCGAGGAGUUGGCCAAGUGAAGACUGAACUAACUGAGGGAAAAAGACAGUAAAAUAACAGUACGAGUAUGCGUGCGUUUUAUUCCAUAAAUGUUUUUUGUGUUUUCUUUUGUAUUUCACACGAAAAACAGUCUAGAAAUAGAAGCUUAAAAGGAAACCGGACACUCAAUUACUAAGCUCAGCGCAGCGAGAUAAAAGUAUGAUUUCCUAAAACAUAUGUGACAACAACAACAACUAUAGGUAUUCCACUAAAAAUUAAAUAAAAAAAAAACACGAAUUAUUGUACUUAACAAUAAAUGGAAAAAAAUAAAUAAGAAAAUAAAGCGAGUACGCAAUAUUGCA